UGCGCCACGAGAAUCGCACUGUCGGCGAGGAUCGGUAGAGGGAAAAGAAAAAAGAACGACAUGUGCCCUCGAAUCCGCGCGCGAACAGACACCCGCUUCCACGACCGCCCUGGCUCGAUGUGAUCGCGCGCACUUGCCACCGUCGCCGUUUUAUAGCCGGUCGGUCUCUCGCGCGAUCUCUUCCGCGAACGAUAAACUCCCGUAAGCGAGUGCACGCGAUGGAGUGGGUGCGCGAAACGCGCGCAGAGAGAGGGAAUCCGGUCCCCUCUCCCGGGCGGGGGAGGGCGAAGGGAAUGCGUUUGGCUCGCGUGGGCGUAGGAAAAAAAUCAAGUGUAAUUGUGCGCGAGCGAGAUCGCGCGAAAACGCAGCUGUCAAACCAUGCUUUUCCUCGAUAUACGAGGAAGGGAAAAAAAGAUGGCGCGUAUGGACGGAGAGUAACCAAGUGAGAACAACAUCCACAUCGAUUAAUUUUCGCGGGAAAAAACGGUCGCGACGACCUCUACGGACGACAUCAGGGAGAGUCUCGCGAUGAAGCAGGAACCGGAGGACGAGGAGGACUGCUACUUCGACGAGUCGAGUAUGCCGUCGACGUCGCCGCCGCCGACGGCCCUGCUCCCGCCACCACCGCCUCCGCCCGCGCCGCCCACGUCCUCGUCGUCCGCAUCGUCGUCCUCCGGCCGGCACGUCACGCACCGAGUGCGCUCCCACGCGCGCAGUUUGCGCGCCAUGGCGAAUCCCAGCGCUGUCUGGGCGCACUUCGACCUGUGCGCUAACGAUCCGCUACGCGCACAGUGCCGUAUCUGCGGAGCGGUCGUAGUCAGGGGCGGCGCGAAUCCGCGUCAAUGUGGCACAACAAACCUGCAUCGGCACCUCAGGGUACAUCACGGCGGUAGGCUGAUCGGCAGACGAUACCAUGUUUUACAGUCAACAUCCCAAAGUAACACAACUGCUAAAACUAUAAGGAUAGCUACGCAGUCUCUAGUGAGACCUCAUAUUCGUAAUAUUGCGCCAGCGCCGCUGCCUCAGCAGCAGCAACAGCAACAAUCACGGCAACCAAAGACUCUUGUAUUAAAAACUAUUCCAUUGAAAGUUAAGCAAGUUGCACCUACGACUAUCAAAAUGCCACCGCGACAAACUAAUCAAGGAUUACCACAUAAUGUCGUUCAUCAACAACCUACAGAGGUUUGCUUGAGGUGGAAUAGUUACCAUAGUAAUAUGCAAAAUAGCUUUCCAUCAUUGUUAGAUACAGAACAGUUUGUCGAUGUGACCCUAGCAUGCGAAGGACGAUCUUUGAAAUGCCACAAGAUGAUUUUAUCUUCAUGUAGCGACUAUUUGGCAGAUUUGUUACGGGAGAAUCCGUGUCAACAUCCUAUUAUUUUAAUGAAGGAUCUGAAAUUUUGGGAAGUGGAAGCCUUGGUUAAAUUCAUGUAUCGUGGAGAAGUUAAUGUCGCUCAUGAUAAAUUGCCACAGCUGUUGAAUGCCGCCGAAGCAUUGCAAGUGAAAGGUCUAGCUGGUCCAAGUCCUUCAUCCCAAAACGCAAAACCACCAUUACUUAUACCUCAAUCGAAACCAUUAUCGUCUCAACUUGUAGUUCCUAGAAAUAUUGCGGAAUCCAAAGAAAAUAAAACAUCAUCUCCAAAAGUAUCUACGUCUUCUAGCCCUAAACGUGCACAAAAGCGACAACAAUCCGAAUCCAUAGAGCCAAGACCUUUCACCAAAAUACGUUUACAGCGACCUAUUACACCAUCUUCGCCGUGUGCAACCGUGAAAAUGGAGCCUUUAGAUAUACCUCUUAGUCCGACGGAGAUAUUUUCAGAGAAUAAUGAAGAUGUUACACCUUCUUCAGAUUUUGAAAAACUUAUGAGUUUGCACGAGGAGGAUGACCCAGGUGGCGAGGAAGUGAAUGAGAGUGAUGAGAGAUUACAUUUUUGUGAACUGCCAGGUCCGCCGGAUUUAAACGAUAAUGAAGACCAAAUGGAAUUUGUACCUACUGAUUUCCUAGAACAACAACAAGAAAUUGUCGAAGAACCAGAAUCGGGUUGUAACAGAGACAGUAUUAAAAAAGAUUCUAUCGAUUAUGCUUCCGUUGAUGUCGGGGAAGAUAAUGAAAUUCAGAACGCGAUACAGCCGUUAAAGGAAAAAAAGGCGGCAUAGUAAGAUGUAAGAAUAUCUUCAUGUAAUGGAUCACGUGCUACAAAUUUCGACUUGUAUAAGAAUAUUUGCGAUUUGAUUUCUUUAAAAUACGAGACAUUUUUAUGGCGUUAAAAUUGUCAGGUUUAUUAAGAUUUAUCAGACAACAUAUGCGAUUCAAUUAUUGAAACAAAGAAAAUAUUAUUUGUUGGAAUCUAUGUAACAAAAGUGCUUGACAAAUAAGUUGACCUUUUAUUUAAUAUUUUAUGUAUCGGAUUCUAAUAAGAGACAAAUAUUUUAUCAUUUUAGUAAAUAUAGCAUUUACAUUAAACAUAUUUCUACUAGUCCAGUGCAUCUUUUUUC